AUGGUCAACGCAGCCUUCCGUCUCGACAUGACAGAUCUAACCUACAUGAUGGGCAUGCAAUCCUCAUCUUCCUCUUCUUCCGAUGCAACCCACUCCCACCAAGACGAACUCACCUGGCGCGUCCAGCACACCCAACUCCCAUCCCAAACCCCUCCCCCAGCAACAGCCGUGCAGACAGGGACAGUCGCUUCCUUCCCACUGCGCUUCAGACACGCAGCACAGUACGUCUCGCCGCGUAUUGCGCUCGUCGGCGACGCAGCGCAUGUCAUCCACCCGCUCGCUGGACAGGGUCUAAACCUCGGUCUGGCGGAUGUUGCUUCGCUAUCGAAGACUAUUCAGUAUGCUGUCUCGCAUGGUAUGGAUGUAGGUGACUUGCUUACUCUCGAGCGAUACUCGUCUGAGCGGUACCUGCCUAAUGCGAAGAUCGGGGGUGCUUGCGAUCUUCUGCAUAAAAUGUAUAAUGUUCCCGGUGAAGGGCCUAUUACUUGGGCGCGUAGUCUCGGACUAGGUGUCGUUGAUCGGUUGCCUUUUGUUAAGUCGUUCUUGAUGAAGAAUGCUGAGGGGUAUUAG